AUGCGGGCAUUUGCGCGUGCUGUUCAGCGGCAGAGGUUCGGUGCUCGCAACUCGCCCUUCCACCAGUCUAGAAAACAACGCGGAUUUGCCUCUAUAAAUGCUCAGGAUGUCAAGGGGUUGACCGUCAUUGACCAUUACUAUGAGUACGAUUUCGGAACCUUUAUCGCGAAUAUAUACCGAACAUUGCUAAUUCCACUUAGCGCUCUCGUCGUAGGAGCAGGAGGCGCCGGCCUCCGCGCCGCCGUGGGCCUUACAGAAGCCGGACUGAAAACAGCAUGCGUAUCGAAGCUCUUCCCGACACGAUCCCACACCGUUGCCGCACAAGGAGGCAUCAAUGCCGCGCUCGGCAACAUGACAGAAGACGACUGGCGUUGGCACAUGUACGAUACUGUUAAGGGCUCCGACUGGCUCGGCGACCAAGACGCAAUCCACUACAUGACUAAAGAAGCCAUACCUGCGGUCGUCGAGCUCGAGAACUAUGGCAUGCCGUUCUCGAGAACGAAUGAGGGGACUAUAUACCAGAGAGCGCUGGGUGGGCAGAGCUUGAAGUAUGGCAAGGGUGGUCAGGCGUAUAGGACGGCUUGUGCGAGUGAUCGCACAGGACAUGCUAUGUUGCAUACGCUCUAUGGGCAGAGUUUGAAGGCGGGCGUGCAGUUCUUUAUUGAGUGGUUUGCGCUGGAUCUCAUCAUGAGUGAAGGGAAGUGUGUGGGUAUUACGGCGCUGAAUAUGGAAGAUGGGACGUGUCAUCGCAUGUUUGCUAAAAACACUGUUCUGGCGACGGGAGGCUAUGGUCGAGCAUACUUUAGCGCAACGAGCGCGCAUACGAGCACUGGCGAUGGGAGUGCUAUGGCUUCAAGAGCAGGGCUGCCGCUUCAGGAUAUGGAGUUUGUGCAGUUCCAUCCCUCUGGUAUCUACGGCGCGGGCGUCCUGAUCACAGAAGGUGCACGCGGCGAAGGCGGAUACCUCCUGAACUCUGAAGGCGAACGUUUCAUGGAACGUUACGCCCCAACAGCCAAGGACCUUGCAUCACGAGACGUGGUUUCGCGGUCUAUGAACCUCGAAAUUAUCGAGGGUCGAGGUUGUGGCGAAAGGAAAGACUUCAUCAACUUACAGCUAUCACAUCUACCGAAGGAGAUCAUCCAUGAGCGUUUACCGGGUAUCGCUGAAACGGCUGCAAUCUUUGCAGGCAUCGACAUUACAAAGGAGCCUAUUCCGGUCCUACCGACUGUACAUUACUGCAUGGGUGGUAUUCCGACAAACUACCACGGCCAGGUCCUUGACGUGAAGGACGGAAACGACCAAGUCGUUGAUGGAUUGUACGCUGCGGGCGAAGCAGCAUGUGUCAGCGUACAUGGCGCGAAUCGACUCGGCGCCAACUCCUUGCUUGACAUCGUAGUGUUCGGCCGAGCAACAGCGCUCCACAUAGCCGACAACCACACCCCCGGGGCAACCCACAACCCCUCCGAAAGAAACAUCGGCCUCGACUCUAUCAGCGAAAUAACCACCUUUCUUGACUCCGCCGGCUCCACACCCACUUCCUCCCUGCGCUCUGACAUGCAAUCCACGAUGCAAAAAACCACCGCUGUAUUCCGCAAGCAAGACUCCCUCACGCAAGGAAACUUGCAACUCUCUUCCAUCGAAUCGUCCUUCAAGCGGGACUUGGGCGUCACCGACAAGAGCCUGAUUUGGAACACGGAUCUUGUGGAGACGCUUGAAUUGAGGAAUCUGUUGACGAAUGCGGUGCAGACGAGUAGGGCAGCGUUGACACGGACGGAGAGUAGGGGGGCGCAUGCGAGAGAUGACUACAAGGAGAGGGAUGAUAAGGAUUGGAUGGUGCACAGCUUGACCUGGCAGAAAGAAAUUGGUGACGAGGUCAAGUGGGGUACGAGGGCAGUUACAAUGGGGACGUUGGAUGAAGAUGAAUGUAAGAGUGUGCCGCCUGUUAAGAGGAGUUAUUAG